AUGAUUCCCAUUGCGGCUCUAAUAGUUGGGAUCUUUCUCGCUCAGUCACUGUUUGAAUCCAAAGUUCUUCCUCGUCUUGAAAAUAGCAUAUUUUCGGCGCUCAAGAAUCAGGAUCAAUUUGCUUACAGCUGCGAAGCACUUGUGAACAAGCUCAACAUCGAGAACUUAACAGUUUGGAGCACUCAAUACGUCGCAGCAGGGACUGCGCUGAAUUUGACCGUGGAGGAGCCGACAAGAAAGAACACGGCAAAGUGCACUGAUUCCGGAUGGGGCACACCUGUUCCACCUAUCGUACCGGAGGAUAUGUGCCGAAUAAGCUCUGCGCUGCGGACUUCUGAUCGUUCCGAAAUCAGUAUCCAGUCCUGGCUUCCACGAAGUUGGACCGGCCGGUUGUUGAGCACUGGCAAUGGGGCUCUAGGCGGUUGUAUUCAACACGAAGAUUUGGCAUGGGGAAACAGCUUGGGCUUCGCCACAGUAUCCGGGAACGGCGGACACAACGGUACGCGCGGCUUCAGCUUCUACGAGAACGACGAGAGUCUGGCAGAUUUUGGCUGGCGAUCUGCGCAUCUUUCACUAGUUGUGGGGAAGCAGAUGGUAAAAUCCUUCUAUGGCCGGCCGUACUCCAAGGCGUAUUACUAUGGAUGCUCUAGAGGAGGUGGCCAGGGCUGGAAGGAAGCACAAGCAUUUCCAGACGACUUUGACGGCAUUCUGGUAGGAGCCGCAGCCCUGGCCGGUAAUGAUCUUUUUUCCUGGACUGGCAACCUCAGGCUAAUUGUCGGCGAUCCCCAAUCAAAGUCGUUCCUGCCAAUAUCAAAGUGGGAAGUCGUUCACAAAAAUGUCAUCGAACAAUGCGACGGGCUAGAUGGUGCCACUGACGGCAUUAUUGAGUAUCCGUCUCUUUGUGCCUACGAUCCUGACCAGCUGAUAUGCGGCCCGACGAACCCAGAUCCUGAUAGCUGCAUUACUGCUCACCAAGCCACCACAGUACGAAACGUGUACGCCGACUUUGUUGCUAGUGAUGGGACCUUCAUAUAUCCUGGCCUGCCACCUAGCAGUGAGCUUGAAAUCAUGCCGUGGGGUAGUCUCUCGGGUCAGUCGCAUAAUGCCGUGGACGAUUACUUCCGCUUCGCCGUUUAUAAUAAGCCGAACUGGGAUCCUUUAUCACUCAGUUACGAAGAUAUAAUUUAUGCCAGACGAAAGGAUCCAGGAGGUCUGCAAGUAUGGUUGGGGAAUCUCACUGCGUUUGCACAAAGAGGAUCCAAACUUCUCGCGUAUCACGGUACCCAAGACGGUUAUAUUCCAUCCGCUAUUGCUGGCACCUACCGCGAGCACGUUUCUCGUACAAUGAAUUUGUCUUCCAGUGAAUUGGACCAUUUCUAUCGGCUGUUCGAGAUUGGUGGUAUGGGUCAUUGCAGCGGCGGAUCGGGCGCUUGGUAUAUCGGGCAGCCCGGCUAUAAUCCAAUCAGCUCCAGCCCUGACCAGAACGCUUUGAUGGCAUUGGUGCAAUGGGUUGAAGAAGGGGUUGGCCCUGAGACAAUUUUUGGUACGAAAUUCUCCGAUAAUGAUGUUUCUGCUGGAAUCGAUUUUCAGCGCGCACAUUGCAAGUACCCCUUAAGGAAUGUCUUCCAAGGUGGUGACUUCAAAGAUUUCCGAAACUGGCAGUGUGUUUAA